GACCCCUGCUUGAUAGAAGCCUUUACUCAAUUUGUGAAGUCCUUGUCUUCCUGAUUUAAGGAAAUAAUGAUAAACAAUAUGUAUCUGGAGCAACUUAAUCAAACUGAAGAAAGACUCACAGAUCUUAUUUAUGCAUUCGAGACUACUGAUGGUCGAAAAGGAAACACAGGGAAUAUUCUAGAUACUGCUCUAGGUUUACUUAAGGUUUUUAAAAUAAAGAGGACUGUUGUUACCAAUAGUUUUCGAAAUAUGACCGAUAUUGGUCAAGAUAUCUUAUUAAAUGAAAGAUACCAAGAUGGAGGUGCAAAUCAUUAUGACCAAAAACUAUCAUCCCAGAUCUUCAGAGAUUAUCAUUAUAAUAUUUUCGAUAAUACAGAAAUACCAAUUCUAGAAGAUGACUAUGAGUGCACUUCUGCUCUAAAAGAGUCAGAAGCAGAAAAUUGUAAAGAUGCUCAUUAUAAAUUAGCUCAAACAAUGGAAGAGAGUCAUUUGUGCCACUACAAGUUCUUAGCAGGUACCAAAAGAGAAGUCUGUGAGAACCUUAAGAACCAAACUCUUAAGUAUAAUUGCACAGAUAAUAAUUCUCUCUGCUCACCAGUAAGCCCAGAGGGGAGAUACUACAAAGGUUUCAAUGUAGAAUAUUUGGCUGAUGGAAAGACGGUCAAGAGGUACAGUUUGCAGAACAACUAAAAGAAUUAUGAAUUAAGGUAAUUUCCACUUAAUUUCAAC